AUGACCAACUCCUGUUGCUCCCCUUGCUGUCAGCCCACCUGUUGCAGGACCACCUGCUGCAGGACCACCUGCUGGAGACCAAGCUGUGUGACCAGCUGCUGCCAGCCCUGCUGCCAGCCCAGCUGCUGUGGCUCCAGCUGCUGCCAGCCUUGCUGUCAAACCACCUGCUGCAGGACCUGCUUCCAACCCAGCUGUGUGAGCAGCUGCUGCAGCACACCCUGCUGCCAGCCCUGCUGCUGUGUGUCCAGCUGCUGCCAGCCCUGCUGCAGGCCCAGCUGCUGCCAGCCCUGCUGCAGGCCCAGCUGCUGCCAGCCCUGCUGCAGGCCCAGCUGCUGCCAGCCCUGCUGCAGGCCCAGCUGCUGUGGGUCCAGCUGCUGCCAGCCCAGGUGCUGUAUCUCCAGCUGCUGCCAGCCCUGCUGCAGACCCAGCUGCUGUCAGUCCAGCUGCUGCAAGCCCUGCUGUGAGCCCUUCUGCCUCAACCUGUGCUGCCAGCCAGCCUGCUCUGGACCUGUGACCUGCACCAGGACUUGCUACCAGCCCACAAGUGUCUGUGUGCCUGGCUGCCUGUCCCAAGGCUGUGGAUCCAGCUGCUGUGAGCCCUGUGGUUGUUGA